AUGUCUGUGUUGCAGGUGCGGCUGGUUGUGGAGCUGCUCUGGCCUCUGUUUCUCUUCUUCAUACUGGUGGGGGUGAGGUCUACCACUAAGCCAAUUCACAAAGGUCAAUGCCACUACCCAAACAAAGCCAUGCCAUCUGCUGGUGUACUGCCCUGGCUUCAAGGAAUAAUAUGUAACAUCGACAAUCCAUGUUUGGACCACCCAACGCCAGGAGAGACACCAGGCCAAGUGAAUAACUUCAACAACUCCAUAAUUGCAGGGAUGUUGAUUGAGCUGCAGUCUGUGCUGGCAGACAGGUCUGUUCUCAGUAAGACGCAGUUGCUGGCAGAUGAUGUUGACCAGUGGACUUCAGUACUGUCUAAAGCGGAACCUGGAAAAGGGAAUCUGACUGUGAUCCUAAGAAGUAUUCUACAAGACAAUGAAACCUUCAGCACCCAUCUGACAGAGGGUUUGUCAGUUCCACCAGAUGUAGUUCAAAGCCUCAUGGAUGCGAAGAUUCAGCUUCUUUCAACGACGGGCAUCCCAAGGCCUGACAAUGUGAGGAGCAUCUUGUGUAAGGGGACAGAUCUGGAUGACUAUGUCCAAUUUAGCAGCCAAGCUCAGAGGGAGGCUUUUCAAAAUGUCAGCUGCUCCCUCGGUGAACAGCAGCUGAUUAAAACCCAGCAAGUCCUUCUACAAAACGUGGACGUGAGGAAAGUGCUUUCAGAGAUUCCUUCAGCUGCGGACCUGAAUCCAGUGGACACAGAGGCACUAAUGAGAAAAACCAGUGCAGAUGCACUGCCAUUGAUCGAGAAUGCGGUCAGGCUGCGGAACUCCAUGAACUUUAAGGCAACAGAGUCCCUGGAUUUCCGGGAGGACAUGUUUGGAAGCGUCAACAUGCUGCUCUGUGGGAAGCAGCCUAACUACAACUUCACCAAGAUGACCUUCGGUUUUCCUUCACCUACACAGAUGGCUAACAAUAUGUCAACUUCCAGCAUGGGCAACAGUUCCGUGCUGGGUCCAACUGUUAUCGGGAUUUCUGUGAAGAUGGCUGAGUUCGCCUACAAGUGGUUCCCUGGACAGUUUUGA